UAGUUGGAUUGUUUUCGGCCCAAUAACCCACCACUUUCUCUCCCCUAAAACGCUAAAAAUUCAAUUUGGUCUCUCCCAAGUCGAGUGCAACCCUCACUGUUUCUCGACGAGUUUUUUCGCCGUCUGCUACUCCGGCCAGUUCCUCACCCUCUCUUUCUCCGGUGAACUUUACUGCAGGAACAAGUAUGGCUUCCAAGAAAAACAAGAAAAAGAGAAACAAUGCGGCUGCAUCUAUUUCUGAAAGAGUACCUCAAGACAAUAAAACCCCGAAGGAACUAAAGGCUAAAGGUAAACUUGCAAAAAAGUCCUCCAACUUAAACUCUGCACAAAUGAAAGAAGCUGUGGUCACUCCACGAUCUCAAUCCAGAAACAAGGAGAAGAACAUAAAAGAUGGAAACCAAGGAAAUAAUGUUGAGGCCACUCCACAAUCUCAAUCCAGAAAUAAGGAGAAGAACAUAAAAGAUGGCAACCAAGGAAAUAAUGUUGAGGCCACUCUACGAUCUCAAUCCAGAAACAAGGAGAAGAACAUAAAAGAUGCCAACCAAGGAAAUUUUUUUGAUAAAAAAGAUGCUAGGAAGUCCCUAAACAUAAAAAGUGGAAACAAAGGAAAGGGCAGUACAAGUGAAAUGAGCGUAGACGGAAAAGCUGAAAAGGAUAUUGGUGGAGUGAUUUUCAUGUGCAAUGCAAAGACCAAAGACGAUUGUUUUAAAUAUCAUGUGAUGGGUGUUUCAGCUAUGAAGAAAGAUAUUAUUUUGGGAAUCAAACCUGGUCUCAAGCUCUUUCUCUUUGAUGUUGAUCUUAAACUCAUGUAUGGUAUAUAUGAGGCAUCAUCUGCUGGUGGAAUGAAACUUGAACCAGCGGCAUUUGGUGGGGACUUCCCAGCACAGGUUCGCUUCAGGAUUGACAAGGAAUGCCUUCCAUUGCCGGAGAAUUUGUUCAAGAGAGCUAUUCAAGACAGUUAUGAUGAAAGGACUCACAAGUUCAAGAUUGAGUUGACAUUUAAGCAGGUAGGGCAGUUGAAAAGACUGUUUACGCCUGCACCAUGGCUACAUCCAACUUCCAAACAUUCUGUGUCAGAGCCAGUUAAUCUGCCCCCAUCAGCUGCACCUUUACCUAGCAAGGAACAUUCCAGGGAGCACGUUGGAAUGCAAUACGGUAGAAGCAAAGCAGGUGAGAAUUUUUCAUUAGAUGGUCAUGAAAGGGAAAGGCAGCAGCAUGCAGGCCACCGUAUCAUGCCUAAAGAGGUUGACAGUGAACCUCGUUUCCUCACUGAGAAAGAAUAUAGAAGCUACGGUCUUCAAUCAGCAAAGCAUCUGCAGGCCCUUGCUUCUGCAGUAGUUGGCCGCACAUUGGAUCAUUAUGAAUCUGAACAAGGAAGGGAACAUCUCCGAAGAAAUCCCACCGAGGUUAGUAGUGAUGUGGCUUUAGCACGAAAAGAAACUGUACUCACUGAACCUUUGUUUCCAAGCGAAAGGGAGUAUCGAACUUAUGGCCUCAAGGCUCGCAGUGAAAUGCCUGCUACUGUUGCUCCUGGUGUGGAAAGUGGUGCUACAAUAAUUUCAGCCACACCUACCAAUCAUGGUUUACUAAAUCAUGUUAAGGAUACAUAUAAUCCUUAUGACGAGAGUACUACCUCACUUGUAAAUCGAUAUCUCUCUCUGCCUAGGACGUUGGUAACACCUGUAGUGUCAUACUCUUUGACAGACAGAGAGUCUUUCGUAAGUGACCCCUGUUCUGCAAUUGACAUCAGAGGCCAUACGGGGAAAUUCCACACUGAAAAUGAAGGAGCAUAUCCUCCAGCAGGAAGAUUCCACGCUGAAAAUGAAAGAGCAUAUCCACCAAUGGGAAGAUUCCACACUGAAAAUGAAAGAGCAUAUCCACCAAUGGGAAGAUUCCACACUGAAAAUGAAAGAGCAUAUCCACCAACGGAGAGAUUCCACACCGAAAAUGAAAGAGCAUAUCCACCAACGGAGAGAUUCCACACUGAAAAUGAAAGAGCAUAUCCACCAACGGGGAGAUUCCACACUGAAAAUGAAAGAGCAUAUCCACCAACGGGGAGAUUCCACACUGAAAAUGAAAGAGCAUAUCCACCAACGGGGAGAUUCCACACUGAAAAUGAAAGAGCAUAUCCACCAACAGGGAGAUUCCACACUGAAAAUGAAAGAGCAUAUCCACCAUAUGCUCGUCAAUUACCACCAGAGUACGGCUUGAAAUAUCACCAUGUUAGGGAUGAGCCUAGGUACCCAACUUUAGUCUCAUCUCGCUAUUCCCUUGGGGAACCAUCUGCACCUCGUCGCUGAACUGCUGCAAUCUGCAUCCCUCAAAUAUCUUCCAUGGCUCUGUUAAAGUUAUGCAUAUGAAACUGAUGAACUUUAGGUCCAGUUCAUCAACAAAGAACUUGCAUUUCUCAGAUGUGCUGAUGGCAAAGAUAAUGUCAAUUCUACCUGUCUUCUCUGAUGAGUUCUGAAUUAAAAACAUUAGAGACUGUAUUUCCCAUUUUCUUCAUGUACAAGGGGAGAAACAUAAUCCUGAAUCCUGACACCUUUCCUUUGGUGUUGUUUCUUGAAUUUGUUGUUUGUGACAUAAAGGAGAAACUUGAUGCUGUUGAUUUAUAUCAUGCAUUCUGAUGUUUAUUCAUGUGUAUUAGGGUCAUUAUUGUGUUAAGGAUGAUGAGCACAUAGCAUGUAUAAUUGAGAUUCAUAAUGUGCCAUCACUAUGGAUUACUCUCCAUAGCGGAAUUGGCAUGUGAUUUGUUUUUAAGCUUCAGGAUGUGCAACUGAACUGGAAUGUGUAUUCUGUACUUUGAUUACUCUA